AGCGCUCAGUCCGGUGCUCUGCGCGCAGUAAGCGCUCAAUAAAUACGACCGGAUGAGUGAAUAAAAUUGAAAGCGUCAGCCGUGAGCUUUCCCAAGUCUCCCGGCCCAAUUGCUACUUACUCGUCUCUCUCCCGCAUCCCAGCUCGGCCUAAAUCUACCCCCCCGUGCCUCUGACCUUAUCCCAGCUCUCUGCCUAAAAUCUUUUAUUCCCACUCCCCUCACUUCUGGUUUCCACUUCCCACUCUCUGGUGCUUCUUCCCCCUCCGCCUUCAAAGCCGCCUGUGUCUCCCCUAAUCCCGAAAAGAAAGGCUUCCUCUGGGCCUCACCGCCUCCUCCGGCUUAUCGCCCUAUCUUCUUUCCUCCUCAAACUCCUAGAACCGGUCACACGCACCUGCCUCCGUCUCCUUUGCACCAACCCCGUCCUUGACGUUCUGCCGUCCUAAUACGACCGCUCUUUCAAUUCAGCGUCUCAACUGGGAAGGAGAUGUCUCGUUCUUUAGGGAGAUGCUUUUCCUCUCGAGCUAUCGAGGGUGGACCGGUCGAAAUUCGCAGAGGGAGACGUUGAAAGAUGGGACGGAGCUACAUCGUAGACGAAGCCGUUGGCCAGUACCUUUUAAAUUUUGACAUUAAGGACAGGGCUUACGUGUCUGGCCUUUUAAUAGGACAGUGUUCGUCGCAAAGGGACUACGUGCUUCUAGCCACCCGGACGCCACCCAAGGAAGAGCAGAAUGAAAGUCCCCAACGGGCCCAGUCCGCGUUGGCUGACCUGGAUGAAGAGUGGGCUUCAGCGCACGCCAAUCAGGUGUCUAGAAUGCUGCCCGGAGGACUCUUGGUCCUUGGAGUAUUUAUUCUUACUGCUCCAGAGCUGGCAAAAGAUGUUCAAAAUGUUCUUCGCAGACUAAUUUUCUCUGUGGAGAAGUCAAUUAGUAAAGCGAGGCUGUGGAAUCUCUCAGAAGAGGAGGUCUCAGAACGAAUCGCACUUCACAUUUGCUCUUCUUCCAAAAAGAUACUUUGUCGGACUUACGAUAUCCAAGAUCCAAAGAGUUCAGCUAAACCAGCAGAGUGGAAAUAUCAGAAUGGGCUGUCUAGUUCGUGGCUCUCUUUAGAGUGUACAAUUCACGUCAAUAUCCACAUUCCACUGUCUUCUACGUCUGCCGGGUACACGCUGGAGAAAAACACGAAGAACGGACUUUUACGUUGGGCAAAGCAAAUAGAAAAUGGUGUAUUUUUGAUCAACGGGCAAGUUAAAGAGGAAGACAGUAAUCUCUUAGAAGGACAGAAAAAGUCUUCUAGAGGAAAUACUCAGGCCAACAGCCAAACCUUUGACGUCCGGGUUCUCACCCCACUGUUGCAGAGUUCAAAUAAUAGAUCCACGGCUACAGUUCAGGUCUGCAGCGGUUCCGUCAACCUCAGGGGAGAUGUAAAAUGUCGAGCUUACGUUCACAGCAACAAGCCCAAGGUUAAAGAGGCUGUGCAGGCACUGAAGAGAGACAUCCUGAACACGGUUUCUGAUCGCAGUCACAUAUUGUUUGAGGAUCUGCUUAUGACCGAAACCCCAGCCCCCCAAAAUAUGAAUUCGGAAAAGGAAUUUCAUUCCCUGCCUCACCGUGUGUUUGUCCCCAUUCCUGGUUCGAGUGUCAUGCUGUGCGAUUACAAAUUCGGAGACGAAUCGACUGCGGCGGUCCGGGAGCAUUUUGAGGAGAUGUUAGAUCGGUCUGUUCGAGUGGAGGAUUUGGAAAUUGCAGAAGAAAUGAACGCAGCCAGUUUACCCACGAGUCCGCCGGGCGGGGUCGAUCCACAGAGUGCAGAUGAAGAGCAACCUAAGCAACUGAAAAAAGAGAUAACGGCUUCGAAGUUCCAGCAAAAUAUAGGUCUGGCAGUGGCCACGGCGGUCGCAGUCUUUGCAGUCGGCCUCUCCUUUCAUUACUUCAGUGAUUAGAGUGAAGCCCCAGAAACUUUUUAGUCGUCGUGGGAAUCUUGACCGGCGUUCCAGUGCCAAUUCUGAAACUGCAGGGUGACUUCUCAGUUGAACCUCCGUGCGGGCAGAAGUCAUGCCGUGAAUACGCGUUAGAUGCGUUUCUGACUCGCAGCGAAACAUCGAACCGCCUCGUUUAGGCAUGUGAACGUUGUAGGUGGGUCAGGUUUCCAGAAAUAAAGUUGUCAAUCAAGCUCCAAAUUACAUGUAAGGUAACAUUUUUCAGAAUGAAUUUUUAAAAUGAUCUUUGAUACGAAUUGUCACGUGCUAAUGUAUUUCAAAUAUCUUUUUCAGUAUCGAAUGGCAAAAUCGUAUGCUCCUUGUUAGAGUGAUCCUACUAUUUGAAUAUCUUCCCAAACAUAUAAAAUAUAUAUAUAUAUAUACGUACGCUACAAAGGAUUCAGUCAAUUUUGUUUCCUCCGCUGUGGUAUACGGUGAUACUUUAAAGAGGUUUAGGUUGUGGAAAUUCUGUUGGAACUGUUGGAAUCAAUGUCUGAGUUGCAUACACAUGGAAAAGCUAAAACAAAGAAAAGUGGUUUUUAUGUUUUGUAGCAUAAAUCAAUUUGUAGAGGUCUUUCGCUUUCAAAAUAGCAAUGGGUAGAAAGCCAGAAGUCCUCAUUUCUUCUUCCCUCACUGACACAGAUAUGGUUUUAAUUUUAUCUGUUAAAGCGGUCUCUUAAACCUCCUUAUUCCAGAAUCUCUUGAGUGCUCUUGAAAAAUCGAAUUGUGGAAAACACUGCAGAUGUAAUGUUUUGAAGAAUUUACCCGCAGUUUGAACGCAAAGCAUGGUUAAUGAGCAUCUGCCCCUCUGCCACGUUCUCAAGUCUAAGCUUUUGAUCCUGCCAGAGCACUCUGGGCUUUGUCAUUGAGAAUAACCAAUUGCUUGCUAUUAAAAGCUUCCUCGCUCUCCUGC